AUGGGCCCCGCGCGGGGCGCGGCGAGGCCUGGACGCUUCUUCGGAGUCUAUCUGCUCUAUUGCUUGAACCCUCGGCACCGCGGCCGCGUCUAUGUUGGGUUCACGGUCAACCCCACUCGCCGGGUCCAGCAGCACAACGCGGGCCGCAAGAAAGGAGGUGCCUGGAGGACUAGCGGGCGCGGCCCCUGGGAGAUGGUGCUCAUUGUGCACGGCUUCCCUUCUGCUGUGGCAGCUCUUCGGUUCGAGUGGGCGUGGCAGCACCCACAGGCCUCUCGCCGCCUGGCGCAUGUGGGCCCGCGCAUGCGCGGAGAGGCCGCCUUCGCCUUCCACCUGCGAGUGCUGGCGCACAUGCUGAGCACACUGCCCUGGGCCCGCCUGCCGCUCACGCUGCGCUGGAUGCGCCCCGACUUCCACUGCGACCUCUGCCCGGCGCCCCCGCCGCAUGUGCCGCUGACGUUCGGACCCCCACCACCCCCGGCCCCGAGGCGCCGCGCCCUGCCCUCUGCUAACCAGGAUGCCAAGACCCGCUGCACCCUGUGCGCGCGCACUCUCCAGGAUGAAGAGGAGCCCCUGUGUUGUCCCCACCCUGGCUGCCCACUGAGUGCCCACAUGAUCUGCCUGGCAGAGGAGUUCCUGCAGGAGGAGCCUGGGCAGCUUCUGCCCCUUGAGGGACAAUGUCCUGGCUGUAAGAAUUCUGUGCUGUGGGGAGACCUGAUCCGGCUGUGUGGGACUGGCGCAGAGGAGGAAGAGGAGGACUUGGAAUUAGAAGAGGAACACUGGACAGACUUGCUGGAGACCUGAGCCUUGAGUCCCCAAGCCCCUCCCCACCAUAGGUUUGGCAGUACCUGGCAUUUUUUACUUGAAUACAAUAAAGUGUCUUAUUUAA